UAGGAGAUGGUUGGUGCACAAACCAUUGAUCUUUUAGAGCUAUAUAAACCCAAGAUAUAUGAACAAAAUUCAGUCAGCAGUUGGUUUUCCAUUCUAAGCAAACAAAAAACUUAAUUUGUGCUCCACAAGAAUGGGUAGCCUCUCCUUUGAAAUGGAAUUUGAACCAUCGGCCAUAACACCUAGAGGUUUAACGCCACACCGUUUGUUUCCGAAUGGCGAUUACAAAAGACAGAAGGUGGCACCACCUGCAGGCCCAAGGAAGAACUUGCAGCUUGAAGUCAUGGAGCCUAGCUUGCAAAGUGAUGGUCCCUCCUUGGACUCAAUUGUGGUCAAUUAUUUAGACACGCUUACCCAACGAGUCAAUUUUCAUUUAGGUUAUCCGGUGAACAUAUGCUAUGAGCACUAUGCAACUUUAGCACCACUUUUGCAAUUUCACCUAAAUAAUUGUGGUGAUCCUUUCAUUCAGAACACUGUGGAUUUUCAUUCAAAAGACUUCGAAAUGGCUGUUUUGGAUUGGUUUGCCCAAUUAUGGGAAAUCGAAAAGGACCAAUAUUGGGGUUAUGUUACUAAUGGUGGCACUGAAGGCAAUCUCCAUGGUAUUUUGAAUGGGAGAGAGCUACUCCCUGAUGGAAUAUUAUAUGCGUCAAAAGACUCUCACUACUCAGUCCCCAAAGCUGCAAGAAUGUAUAGAAUGGAUUUGGAAACGAUCAACACAUCAGUAUAUGGGGAGAUGGAUUAUUCAGAUUUAAGAGCAAAGUUACUCCAAAAUAAGGGCAAACCAGCAAUUAUAAAUGUCACAAUUGGAACUACCUUCAAAGGAGCCGUUGAUGACCUUGAUGUUAUUCUUCAAACGCUCAAAGAUUGUGGCUAUUCACAGGAUAUGUUUUACAUCCACUGUGAUGCAGCACUAUGUGGGCUUAUGUUCCCCUUUAUAAACAAUAUGAUUAGUUUCAAGAAGCCAAUUGGAAGUGUCACAAUUUCUGGUCACAAGUUUUUAGGAUGCCCAAUGCCUUGUGGUGUCCAAAUAACAAGAAAAAGCUACAUCAAUAAUCUCUCAAGAAAUGUGGAGUACAUUGCUUCUGUAGAUGCUACUAUUUCUGGUAGUCGUAAUGGCUUAACUCCAAUUUUCUUGUGGUAUAGUUUGAGCGCUAAAGGUAAAACUGGCCUACAAAAAGAUGUUACAAGAUGUCUGGACAAUGCCAGAUAUUUGAAAGAUCGCCUUCAGCAGGCAGGGAUAAGUGCCCUGCUAAAUGAGCUUAGCAUCAUAGUCGUACUUGAAAGGCCUCAUGACCAUGAAUUUGUCCGUCGUUGGCAACUUUCAUGCGUCAAAGAUAUGGCACAUAUUAUUGUUAUGCCAGGCAUCACCCGAGAAACGCUUGAUGAUUUCAUCACUGAUCUAGUGCAACAAAGAAAACUGUGGUACCAAUACGGGAAAGCCAAGCCUCCUUGUAUUGCAGAUGAUAUUGGUGCUCAAAAUUGUGCAUGCUCUUAUCAUAAGAUUGACUACAUUAGUCCUUAGAAGGCAAAUUAAGAAGACAAGAGAUGCCAUUUAUUAAUUCUUUAUGACUUCAUUUUAAAGUCCCACAUUCAAGGUGAUUUAUAUACCUGAUUGUACUACUGGACGACAUAAUUGUAACAUUUUUUUAAUAAAAACAAUUUAACACUCUUUUA